AUGUUCGUCAUCACCGAUGAUGGUCCCAAGUUGCCCUGGGAGCUGGACGAAGUCGGCAGCAGCAGCAGCAGCAGCACGCCUCCGAGGGUGCCGGUCACCAAAGGCUACAGUGGAUCAUCAAAGACUCAACUGCACUUGGGCCUGCGGCCCUGGGAGGAGCCUCCCUGUGAGGAGAGCGGGCCCGAGGCUGGCAAAGAUGAUCCUGGCCGAGCCCAAGCUACCGAAGGCCCUUCGGAACAAUCUCGGCGUUUGGAUGCCAGUCUCCUUCCCCUGGCCGAGAGGGGCGACAGCGCGGCCAUCAGUGCCCAGCUGCGUCAAGGAUGUGAGAUCAACAUAUUUGUCAGCGAAUUCCGCUUCUACCCAGGUUCCUUCCGGAUGUAUGGCACCGACUGGACGCCCCUUACGGCAGCCGUGGCCGGAGGUCACUCGGAGGCCACGAAGGUCUUACUGGAAAAUAGGGCGGACGUCAAUGUGGUUUGUUGCUGCUGCACAGCUAGUGGCCCAUACAGCUUCUGGACAGCCUUGGACAUUGCACGCACGGGAGACACAUUGCCCUUCGAGCGGGAUCCUGAGAAGCAGAAGCAGCCGAGGCAUCCGAGGAUCGAGAAGAUGCUGCUAGCUGCUGGAGCGAAGCCGUCAACGAAACUCCCCGAACCGCCACGAAUGAACACCUAUGGCAAUUUGGCUGAAAAGGGCGAGCGAAAGAAUCCUUGCUUGAACCAGCAUGGAUUUCCACUUCGCCCGAAGCAUCUCUACACCGAAGAGGAGGAGGAGCGGUUGCGCAACGCGCCGGGCGCGCCCAAGUUCGGAAGCCGGCCAGGUGGUGGCGGUGGUUGCCCAAUGAGCAGCAUGGGCGUGUUUGGGAUCGGCACGAGCAAAGACGGUAGCAGGAUCUACACCGGGGAUGCGUCCUCGACGACCAUCGGCACAUGUCGUGAUCUAGUGACAGUUUGGAAAGACAAGACCAGCUUGAUACGUGACGAGAACGCCUGUUGGGCGAAAGGACUGGCAAUCCGUCAGGAAGAGGUGCUUCAAGGAGGUGUGCUUCACAGUUCUUGCGCGCAGACGGCUGAGAGGUCACUGGACGACGGGAAGGGCCCAACAGUUGAAAGAAUGACACAGGCUUUCAAUUCGAUGGCGGGCCUUGGUGAAGCCUUCGAUCGAGCCCCACAGGAGCGGAUCAUGAUGAAGCUCAUUUGCGUUAGCGAGGGCUUCGAGCAUGCGGGCAAGCUGAUGACAGCACAUGGCGGCACGCCGAGCCCGGUGGCCCUGUGCAAGGCCAGGACAGAGGAGGACAACUUCGUUGCCGCAGCCAGGCCUGCAACCUUCGCCGUGUCAAGGCACAGCUGUGGUUAUCCGUGUGCACGGAGGCACCUCCCAGGGGUAAUUGUUCCUGAAAAGCCCUGCACUGUUUGCCUAAACUCCACGCUCAUCAAGAAUUCCGACUCCAACAGAAACAAGAGCCCCGCGGCUCAAGCCUCUACCAGAUUCCAUUUCAAAGCGUUUGCCAGCAUGACGGCGUCGCAGUUGUUUUUCGCGGCGGUGCAUUGUGCACUCCUGCGUGCUGCAGUGCCUGAGUCCACUGGCUCCUGCCCCUCCUGCAAAACGGAGGAUGAAUCUUCUUUCUGGACAGCAGAGCUCACCGAGGAGGAAGAUGAGAGUUCUUUGCAUCUUCUGCAAAGGCAGAUGCAAAGAGUCAAGGAAUACCGUGAGGCGAUUAAAGCCAGUGCUGCUCCUUCCCCAAAUUUUGACUUCGAAGGCGGCGGUGCCAAGCACAGUGCCGUCAUCGAGCAGAAUGAAAAAAGCAGACCUUCGCCCCUAACGCCGAUGGUGGUGAAGAGCAAGCCGACGAGGAGGCGUUCGCUUGACUUGCACUUCAACGCAGUGAUGGCCAGCUGCGGCUCCAAGAUCAGCGAUCCGAGUCGCUGCACAAAGGCUGUGAUGCAGUCUUCAAGGAAAGUCUUCCUUCAGCUGCACUUCCAAGCAAGAAUGGACGAGACCGUCCCGCCCUUGACCACAAGGGAGGUGAAGAGUUUUCAAGAUCGUUUUCUGGCAUUGGUCGUCGGAGGCUCUAAGAGAGUGAUCACGAAGAGCACCGAGUCUGAGCGGUAUUCCAGCUGGAAGCAAUUGCUGCAGAAUGGCUACAUGGAUAUGAGCCCGAUAAUCCCUGAGUCCCUGACGAAGGAGGUCAACAAGUUGAAUCAGACAGGCGCCGCCAGCUGGACAGCGGUGUACGACUCGUCUUUCAUCAAGAUAUCAGUUAAGGAUUUCAAGAGCAAGCUCGGCUUCGUCUUACCCAAAGAGGAAGAAGAAGAUAUGAAGAAGGAAACUCUGAAGAUGGUCCAAGAGGACAUGAAGCAGUUCAGUGCGGAGGAGCUUGGUAAGGCGGCAUUUUCCGAGGCCUUUGACGUGAGGGAAAACUGGCCCGAGUGCAAGAAUGUCACGACUCACGUGCGCUCCCAGACAUGCGAUAAUUGCUGGAGCCAUGCUACUGCUUUGAUCACGGAGAGUCGGCUCUGCAUCCAGACCCGCGGCAAGUUCAACGGCCCACAAGCUUGGCUGAGCCAGUCCUUCAUCGCAGCGUGCAGGACCGAUGGCCGCAACUACUGCGGAGCUGCUGGCGGCUUGCUGGGCUUCCAGACGGUUUCGCGCUGGGGAGUCCCUACAGGAGGCCCGGACUCCGAAGGAAAUAUGCUGGCCGGUGUUCAGACUUGCUACCCGCAAGUGCUGCCCUACGACACUCAGGUUCGCUGCCCGGGCGCGUGUUCUCCGUACAGCAAGUAUCCCCGACCGCUGAGUCAGGACCUUUUCUAUGUUCAGUACGAGCCCAGGAGGUUGCAUUCUGGAGGCUCUCAGGUGCCCCACAUGGUCCAGAAGGCACUCAUGACGGAGGGCCCAAUCUUGCUAGGAAUGAGAAUCUACCAGGACUUCCAGGCCUAUAAGUCUGGUAUAUACAAGCCUCUGCGCAAGAGUUACAACCGCAAAAUUGGAGGACAUGCCGUCACAGGCAUGGGCUUUGGGCCCGGAUAUAUCUUGGCCAUCAAUUCCUGGGGUGAGUCCUGGGGAAUGAAAGGUGCUUUCCAAGUAGCUCCAGAGGCCGUCGAUUUGGGCUUCUACCUCCCAGGGCGACCCCUCGGUUCUUCCACGGGUGGCGACUCCUAUCCCAUUCCUUUGCCUGCGAUGGUCCGGAGGCACCUGACCUGGGCCAAGCGGCUUCAGGCCGCAGAAGAUGGCGCUAUCGAGACAUGGAUCCUGGCAGAUGAGACGUUUCUCUCACCAGGUGUGGAUGCCAUCUCACGGCGGAUUUCGUGCAUGGCAGGAGCCUCCGGCGGAGCAGCCCACUUCAAGGUUUUUCCAUACAAGGAGUCCGACUUGACGUCCAUGUUUCCCGUCCUUGAAGACAUCCGUGCUGCUCUACCCGAUCGUCAGGAUGUGCCCAGGUCCAAGCUGGAAGAUCUUAGCUUCGCAACAGCUCAAUGUUUGAUGAGUCUUGAGAUUGUCCCACGGCAACACUUCAGACUAGCUCAGCUUUCCUGA